CUUGAAGCCAGCUCUUCCCCUACCCCAGUGGAAGGCAGCACCCUGCCUUUGUCAACUCUCAGUGAAGGCAGCACUCCAUUCACAACUCUCCUUGUCAGCACGUUCCCUGGGACCAGUCCUACUGGGGCAAGCAGCACAGCAACAACUGCAGGUGCUACCACCACAUAUCUGCCCACUUCUACAGCAGCCAUUUCAUCUUCUACCCCUGUUGAGGGCACCGCCAUACCUUUCUCAACUCUGAGUGCAGGCAGCACACCAGGAGCAAGUACCCUCUUUAGCACUACACCUGGCACCAGUGGCACUGAGGCCAGUGCAACACCUGUUGACGCCACCACAUCUGUGAGCACCUUACUUGAAGCCAGUUCUUCUCCUACCCCAGUGAUAGGCAGCACCUUGCCUUUUUCAACUCCCAGUGAAGGAAUCACUCCAGUAACAUCAGUUUUUGUCACUAUCCUAUCUGGCACCAGUCCUUCUGAAGUUAUGACACCUUCCUCCGCUGGUCAUGGCAGCACAUCUUUGCCCAUUUCUGAAGCCACUUCAUCGCGUACGUCUGUGGCAGGCACGACCUUACCUUUGUCUACUGUAAGUCAAGAUACCGUACCAUUCACAACUCUCCUUUUCAGCUCUCCACCUGGGACCACUUCUACCGAGGCCAACACAACUCCUUCACCUUCAAUUGAUGCCACCACCUCCUUUCCCACCUCUUCCGUUGCAGGUUUAUCUACUACGUCUGUGAAAAGCACCACCAUGCCUAUGUCAGCUACUAGUGAAGGGGGCGCUUCAUCUAUAAGUUCCCUUGUCACUACCACACCUGGGACCAGUCUUUCUGGGAGUAGCACAGCGUCGACCACUGUGGACACCACUACACUUUUAACAAAGUCUCCUGACACCAGUUCUUCUCAUAUACCUAUUGAAGGCACCACUAUGUCUUUGUCAACUGGUACAGAAGGAAUCACCCCUAGGACAACAAGUUUUGUUAGCAACCCACCUGUGACCACUUCUAUUGUUGUUGUCACUGCAACAAGUGUUGCUGGAUCUUCCCCUGUGACAACUUUCACCAAAGUCCCCACACCAUCAACCAGUAAUAGUGGUGCCACCACAUCUUUUUCAACUGCUACGGAAGUCACAGUCAGUGCAACGACUACUGGCGACAGCCCCAUAUCUGUGUCCAUGUCUACUGCACCCAGCACACCUGCCACCUCCAGCAGUGGCUCUACCACCUCUGCUUCAACUGCCCCUGCAGCCGGUACACCUGCCACCUUCACCUCUGUCCGCACCAGUCCUGGGACUCCCCCAUCAGAAUCCAGCAUGUCAUCCACCAUUGCCUCCCACACCGCCUCUCCUGUGUUUCCUCCUGCUCACUCCAGCAGACCCCCAACAGCUUCUGCCUCCUCCACACCUGGGACCCCUGCCGUUGGCACCACCACAACAACCAUGUCGAAACGCAGCACACCGACUACGCCCAGGUCCACGGUGUCUACCCCUACUGUCCCCACCAGGCCCGCUACUCCUACAACGAGAACCACCCCCACCCCAACUCCCGCUGUGGUCAACUGCCAGAACGGAGGCACCUGGGAUGGGAUCAAGUGCGUGUGCCCCAGCCCGUACUACGGGCAGAAGUGUGAGGACGUGGUCGACAGCCUCGAGUUGGGCCCCUCAGAGCCAGUCUUAGCCCGAGUAGAAGUGACCGUGACAGUGACCAAUCAGGAGUUCACCAAAGAGCUCCAAGACCCAUCUUCUGUGGAAUUCCAGGAGUUCAAUAAGACAUUUUCGGAGCAGAUGAACAUCAUUUAUUCUGGCAUCCCUGAGUACAUAGGAGUCAACAUCACAAGGCUGAGUCCCGGCAGUGUGGUGGUGGAGCACGACGUCAUCCUGGAGACCACGUACACCCUAAACUACCAGGAAGUCCUGGAGAAGGCUUUCGAGGAGGUGAAAGAAAAAAUCGAGGAAGCGACCAAAGAGCAAAUAAUGAAUGAUAGUAUCUGCCCAGCCUUGCUGUGUUUCAACUCGACCUCCACGAAGGUGCAGAACAUUACAGUGGCCUCAUACGACCCUGUAGAGGCAUGCCACGAAAAAGCCGGGAACUUUAGCGCCUACUUCACGGUGGAGUACGAGGACGAGCAAGCAUUCUGCAUCAACCCCUGCAUGUCUGGCUUCAGCAUCUCCAUACCCUGUAACUUUGGCAAGUGCCAGCUGAAGCUCACUGGCCCGAAGUGCUACUGCCUGAGCACAGAAACUCACUGGUACACUGGUGAGAGCUGCGACACGGGCAUCCAGAAGAGCCUGGUGUACGGGCUCCUGGGGGCAGGGGCCACGGUGGUGCUGGCCGUCCUUGUUGGCCUCUUGGUGCUCACGGUCCACUCCAGGAGACAAGUGAAAAGGCAAAAGUACAGAUUGUCUCAGCUGUACGAGUGGCACGAAGAGGAUGGCAGACCAACCCCUGGGACCUUCCAAAACAUCGGCUUUGACAUCUGCCAAGAAGAUGAUUCCAUCUACCUGGACUCCAUCUAUAGUAACUUCCAGCCCUCCCUGAGCACCAUAGACCCUGGAACAAAGAUCCAAAUUCAGAGGCCCCAGGUGAUGAUGACAGCAUUUUAA